AUUUUUUAUGAUUUUUUUGCAAAAAACUGCUAAUAUUUUUCAUCGCAAGACAUCAUGUGACCCGGAGUAGCGAAUACAGGAAAUGUGUCGCUGCUGGAAGUCCUGAAGACAGAUCUCCACCAUGGCCUACCGUCCUGGGAUCCCGUCAGAGCCCAGUGCUCUUGCUCAGAGCAUCGGCACCAACAUCCAUAAGAUCACCCUACUGACCUCAGAGCUCCAGAGGGUGGUGUCCCAGCUGGGGACAGAGCAGGACAACAGCAGACUACAGCAGAUACUGCAGCAGAAACGGAAGGAGGGCAACCUGUUAGCCAAGGAGACGGAUCGAUUGAUGAAAGCAUUCAGCGCACUUCCUGCCGGCACUGAUCAGCGACAAAGGAAACUCCAGAAAGAACGUCUGUUGAACGAUUUCUCCAGCUCACUCAACCACUUCCAGAACACCCAGAGAGAAGCGGCGGACAAAGAGAGGGAGUUUGUGGAGAGGGUCCGAGCUAGCUCCAGGAUUUCAGUAGAACCACAGGAGGACAGCUAUGGAGUUGGACCUCUUCAGCAGAGUGACUUCCAAACCCAGGCUCAGGAAGAGGCCAUCACUGAAGAUGACCUGAGGUUGAUCCAGGAGCGAGAGACUGCCAUCAGGGCGCUAGAGUCUGACAUUGUGGAUAUCAAUGACAUCUUCAAAGAUCUGGGGCUGAUGGUCCAUGAACAAGGAGAUAUGAUAGACAGCAUAGAGGCCAAUGUGGAGACGGCUGAUCUCAGUGUCCAGAGUGCCACCCAACAGUUGGCCCGCGCUGCAGAAUAUCAGCGGAGCUCCCGGAAGAAGAUUUGCAUCCUGGUGAUUGUGUUGGCCGUUGUAGCGGUCGUUAUCGGACUGAUCAUUUGGGGCUCUCUGCGAAAAUGAAGGCUUUCUUCAUCUUCUUCUGCUGCUCCUUCACCAUGGCUGUUUGAGCUGUCCUCAUUGUGGGAGGAGUUACACGAGGAUGGCCCGCCUCCUUCUUUCUCAUUGGCCGAGGCUAAGAAGAGCUUAAGGUCGGAGUGGGGUUGAUUAUUUUUCGUUUGUAAAAAAUCUGGAACAAUUUUAUUUAUGUAUCCAAAGUGGGGAAUCUUUAUUUUACAUUUGAUGUUUUAUCUAACAAUAAUCCUGGUUGAACUCCCUCAUUUCUUUUUUGUAGCAGAAUCACAGUUUGUUAUAACGUUGUGUUCCGUGAAUUUAAGGUGGUAUACCAGAAUGAGAAGGUGUUGAUUUGGAUAUGAAUGCACUGAUUUUAAACAUUGUUGUUCUGUGUCUAUAUCUGUCUAGAUUUUAGAUUCGCUGCCUGGGAAAGAUGAUAUGUAAAUACAUCAAGAGUCUUUCCGCCGGACAUUUCAUUUUUGUUUCUUUAGUUUAAGAAUUUAUGGGGGAAAAACUUUAUUAAAACACAAUGACAGUAACUUCUGGAAAUUCUGUUGGAACACGUUUCUAGUUUUUAAAACUAGUCUGAGAUGGGGCGAGUUCCUUGAUUGCCAUUAUUGUAUGCCGUGUGUGGGAUUGAGUGGCAUCUUUGCUAUUCAUUAGUGUGUAAACCCAUGAAAAUGACACUUAUAAUGCGCCCUUUAAAUCUACAAAGGGAGUGGCUCUUCCAGGGGCCCGCCAUGUUACAUCACCAUAUUGCACCGCCAUGUUUCUACAGUAGCCCAGAACGGACAAAUGGCUCUAGAGAGGAAACAUUUUAAAUUUUUUAUCAUGAUCUCUAUCUUCCUUGUAAACGAUAACCUAAAGUUGACGUGAUUUUUAUGUACUUAGUGCCACCUCACAGGCCAGUACAGGCCACCAUAGCUUCUCCAACACGGAGGGGGAUAUUCAGUUUGGUGUAAUCUGCAUUCUCACCACUAGAUGUCUCUUUAUCAUACAGGCUGCACCUUAAGUCAAAAUGGAAUUAUUUAGAUUUGUACAAAUACAGUAAACUGAAUACUCAAGCUUAUAAACAAAUGAGAUAGUUAAAGCGACAUGGUUUCAUGUAACAAUCAUUCUGAUGUAUGUGCCUUUACCCCUAUACUAUUAAAAACCUGCAUGUGCCAAAUUA